AUGGGGGAGGUUAACUAUCCUGCUAAAUGCCAAUCAUUUUCACGAGACUUCAACUGGGUUGAUCAUAAACCUGAGUGGUAUGUUAAUGGCCCCACUGUUGUUGAGGAUCAUAUGGAUUUACAAGAAUGUAACGCAUUAUCUAGGGCGAAAGAAUUGGAAGAUUACUUGAAGUCACUGCUACUGCAUAAUAAUAAAAAGGAAUGUCGAAAACAGGGAGAACGCCCACUUAAUAUAAGAACGUUGAGAGAAAUCGAAGCUAAGUUAGAGGCUAAGCCCUCAGAACCCAGCGAGCGGGGUGAUAUGAGUGCAUUCUACAAACUUUUGGGUUUUUUUGAUCGAAUUUCCAAGUCUAAUAAUGUCACAUCACAAGACAAAGGGAAGCAGCAUCCUGACCUUAACAUCGAUCACUCAGAUUUCACAGACGAUAAGGUGAAUAUUUCAGACGAAGCAAAGCACAACAUUUCACAGCCAAAGCUUAUUAAUAGUGACACUAGAAACUCAGAUGCUGAAGUUCUUUCAAUCCCAAACGAAAGUUCGUUUGUUUCAAUAAACAGAACGCCGAAGUUGGAAGUCAGUGAUAUUACUAAACAUGUGACGUGCAACCCUGUAACCGCCCCAUAUCAGCGACAGUUUAUUGCAUCUGGGCCCUUAGGGCAGAAUGCACUCCGUUGGUUUAAGGCCAUGACUAAUGCGGCUUCUGCAAAUGUUUGCAUAAAUCAUAAUUUAGAAAGUUUUAAAACUUUACACACCAAACCAACCACAACAGCAAAUGCAUCUACAAAUACUCAAGUUCCCAAUACACCUCCGAGUGAAAUUUCCAUAUCUUGUUCACUUCCAGCAUAUCAAAACCUACUCAUCAAUGAACAAACUAAACUGCCAGGUAUUAUAAUUUGAAACCUUUCAAUAUGUAAAGUAAAUUUUUCUUCGUAUCACUUCAAAACAG